GAAUAUCUUCGACUGCAACUUCAGGUCCUGAGCUCCCUAAUAACCAUUUUGUACAUCUCAACAUCCUCCCCAAACACCCCCCUUCAGCAACAACCCCCCCACAACCAUGUCCACCCCCUCCCCCGCCCGCAUGCGCUCCAUCUACCGCUCCUUCCUCCGCGAGCUCCCCCCGCGACCGAUCCUCUCCACCCCACCCUCCCCCAUCCACCAGCGGCUCCGCGACAGCUUCCGCACCACCCCCGGCCCCGCCUCCGCCUCCGCCUCUCCCGCCCCCGACGCCGCCGCGCAGGCGGAGCAGUUCCUCGCCUACGUCCAGGCCCAGCGCGCCUACACGGGCCUGCUGGAGCGCUACAACCCGGGCAUGGGCAUGGACGAGGAGGAGCGCGUGCGCCUGUCGGCGCGGCGCGUGGGCGUCAACCUGCCGAAGGAGUACGUCGAGGGGGAGGAUGAGGGUGGGCCUCCGGAGGGGAAGAAGAAGGAGUAGAAGAAAAACUGCUUGCCGUUGUGGUUCGUUCGUUCGUUCGUUUUCGUCCCCCGGGGGGUCCGGCUCCGGUCCAGUCGAUUGUUGGAUGCACUACCUUUCUACUCGAGUCGUCUGGUUUGGGAAGCGCGUUGUGGUGGAUUCUUGGAAGGACUACUUGUGCGCUCAUCCACUUUCCCGGCCGGAGGGCUGGUUGAAGCUCCAAGGUCGACUAGCCGAAGGUGGAUU